AUGCCGCUCCUAGACUUGCCCCCAGAUAUCCUAUCUGACAUCUUUUCUUUCCUCCGGCCGAGAGAUUAUCUUGCAUUCUGUCAGACAUCCAGAUCAAUUUAUUCAGAAUGGAGACAAGACCCUCUAUAUUGGCGCACGGAAACUUACAAUUCCUUCCGCCUGCCCAUCAGCCCUUUGCUUGCUGCUGACGGACCACGAUGGUAUUGGCUUUACAAACGGCUGAAAACGCAGACUCAAUUGUAUGCCUGGGGCUCGGGCAUAUUCGGCGUUGCGGGCUCACCAGGAAGCGUUUCCUUACCCCGGCGGCUUGUACAACCAUCGCCUGCCAGAGUGCUACCUCGUGUGCCUGCCCGGCCCAAUCUACUUCCUAGAAUCCCACAGCGACCAUUACACCCAAGGGUCAGGUCUGGCUGGCCAGUGGAGAUUGACGUACCUCCCGAGGUCGGCCCCAUUGCGGACCUUCAGUGUGGCGGUUGGUCAACGACAAUCUUGGCAUCAGACGGGAAGCUAUAUAGCACUGGACAGAUCAGUCAACACACUCGGAUGACCGAGCGCCUCACUCAGCUUGAAUACAUCACUCAGAGCACAUCCGCCAUCCGCCAGUUCUCUUCGGGCAGAGCCCAUAUACUAGCACUCACUGACCAUGGUGGCAUCAUCUCCUGGACCCAAAUCUAUCGCCAAGGUGUGACCAUACUCUCGAGGAACAAUGGUUCCUUCGGAGGCAAGCCGGUCAGGGUGGCCGCUGGAUGGGUGGAGAGUUCUGCAUACGUCCCGGAAACAGGAAUUAUCUAUUGGCGACCGCCCCCGAACAGAAACGAUGACAUGCUAGAUGCAAUCAUCGUCCAGGAGAAGGUUAUUCCGGGCACUGCUUGCUACGUGGCCGACACAGGCGUUGUGGAAGUUACCAAGCAUGUUGUUUUGGAAGACUACAUCGUGUGGAUCACCACAGAUUCCAAGCUGUAUGCGUGCUGCCUCAGUGCCGAAGAUGACGCGUAUCAGCCUGAAAAGGCACCUUUUGAGGUUCCAGGCUUCGGUGCUGCCGAUCGUGAACUCAAGGAUAUCCAAGGCCAGUUCCGACGGUUUGGAGUGUUCACAGCAACAGGGGAAGUCCUUGCAGGCGACGUCGACUACCUGAGACGCUGCGCGGAAACACUCGAGCGCCAGCCUGAUCUCUUCCAGUCCGGCGAUUGGUCCGCCUUGACAACACUGUUGGUCUCGCGGCCCCAAGAUAUCCCCGCUUUACAGCACACCAACGUCAUUGCUCUAACAUUUGGCGACUAUCAUUACCACGCCCUCCAUGCCGAUGGGAAGAUCACCUCGUACGGAGUAGACUCCCAGUGUUGCGGCCAACUCGGUCUGGCUCUACCAGGAACUGGUGGCCGGUUUCGCGGGCUUCGCCAAGAACGACCAGGGCUCCGAGGUGAUGCGGUCCUGUUACCCAUUGCCAACUUGCGUGGGCGCCGGGUCUGGUUCGAGCCUGAGAAGCAGGAUUGGCUUCAGUGGAUGGAAAACGAGCUUCAUCAAUCGCACCUCAGUCUUGACGGGCGGCCAGCUUCCCAUACGUGGGACGAUGAUCCGGUCAAGCAAGCGGCAUUCAGCGAAUGGGUGGAGCAGGAGGGAAACCACUGGAAUGAAGGUCCUGCAACCUCGCCACCUACAACUGUGCCCAAAACAGAUGGUGCACGAGAGGCGGAUGACUAUGCAAACCUCGGUGCAUAUUUUCCCAUUGCCAUUGCCGCUGCGGGCUGGCACAGUGGAGCCCUGGUGCUCGUGGACGAAGAGAAAGCACAUGAAAUCCGCAGCAAAUGGGUAUUCCAUAGACAGAAGGGUGACGAAACCACACACUCAAUGCCUGGGGCAUUUGAGAGUCUGAGUUUGGAAGAAGUUUAUGCGUGGGAGAAGGAUGGAUUUCCCAAAGUCCGCUUGCCGAACGGCUAUGAAAUGCCUGGGGAAGGCGAGCCCAGGAUCUGGAGAGAUGGAGUACCCACGAUGCGUGAGUUAGGUCUCGAGGAAUAA